AUGGCAGACGAGAAGCCCCCGCAGCUGGUGGACUACUUCGUGGUGGCCGGACUGACGGACACCUCGCGGCUGCUGGAGGAGGAGGGCCAGCAGCAGCGCGCGGCGCGGCCCAGCGAGCACAUCACCGACGUGGCGGUCAUCAUCCGCUCGCAGGGUGAGGAGGUGCCCCACGGCUUCACCUGCAUCGAGACCACCACCUCAGGCCACCCCGUGGACCUCAACGCUGGGCUGCUCAACAACCCCCAGAUGUUCAUCUGCUACAAGCGCAGCCGGGACAAGCCCCCCCUCAUCGAGCUGGGGGUGCACUACGAGGGCAAGGACCGCCCGAAGCCGGGCUACAAGAUCCUGGACACGACGCCCUACAGCCGCUCGGCCAACCUGAACUCUGGGGGCCCUGGGCACCAGCGAACCUUCCUGACCUACCGGCGGGCAGCUGAGCCCCACGGCCACAGCACGCUGGGGGUCACCGACAUCUGCCUCAUCAUGCCCAGCAAGGGCGAGAGCACCCCACACACCUUCUGCCGGGUGGACAAGAACCUCAACACCAGCAUGUGGGGUCCUGCCCUGUACCUGUGCUACAAGAUCGCCAUGGCAAAGGCCAACACCCUGGUCUAUGAAGCAGGGCUGCUGGGGCGUUACCCCGAGCAGGACAGUGAGGCCUUCCCCCUGCCUGAGUCAGUGCCUGUGUUCUGCCUGCCCAUGGGGGCCACCAUCGAGAGCUGGCCGGAUGACACCAAGUACCCUCUGCCUGUCUUCUCCACCUUCGUGCUGACCGGGGCCUCAGGAGACAAGGUGUAUGGAGCAGCCAUCCAGUUCUACGAGGCUUUCCCACGGGAGCGGCUGUCGGAGAAGCAGAGCCUGCGGCUGGGGCUGCUGAGUGUGGUGGACAGGCGGCCAGUGCCGGGGCGCUCGCUGCAGGCACGCAAGAGCAUCUGUGUCCUGUCCCACUGGCCCUUCUUUGAUGUCUUCCGCAAGUUCCUGAUGUUCAUCUACCGCUACUCCAUCUCAGGGCCCCACGUACUGCCCCUCGAGACGCACAUCUCCCACUUCAUGCACAACGUCCCCUUCCCGUCCCCGCAGCGCCCUCGCAUCCUGGUGCAGAUGUCCCCCUAUGACAGCCUGCUGCUGUGCCGCCCCGUAUCCUCCCCGCUGCCGCUCAGCGGUGCCAGCUUCCUGACGCUGCUGCAGAACCUGGGCCCUGACAACGCUGUGGCACUGCUGGUGGCUGUGCUGACCGAGCAGAAGCUGCUCAUCCACUCCCUGCGCCCGGACGUCCUGACCAGCGUGGGCGAAGCCCUGGUGGCGAUGAUCUUCCCCCUGCGCUGGCAGUGCCCCUACAUCCCGCUGUGCCCGCUGGCGCUGGCUGACGUGCUGUGUGCCCCCGUGCCCUUCAUUGUAGGCAUCCACUCCAGCUACUUCGACCUCUACGAGCCCCCCAGGGACGUCAUCUUCGUCGACCUGGACACCAACACCAUCUGUCACCACCAGAGCGAGGAGCGCAAGCUGCUGUCCCCCCGCUCCCUGCCGCGCCGGCCCUGCAAGGUGCUGCUGGCCACGCUGCACAGCCUCUCCCAGCAGCUAGACGAGAUGUACAGCGGCCCUGGGGAGGAGGCAUCGCUGGAGCUGCUGCUGAGCGACGCAGAGGCAGCUCGGGGCCGGAGGGCGCAGCUGGAGCUGGAGGCUCGCGCAGCCUUCCUGCGCUUCAUGGCCUGCACCCUGCGCGGCUACCGCAGCUUCCUGCGUCCCAUCGCGCCCGCGGCCGCCGCCCGCGACACCGGCAGCCUCUUUGCCCUGCAAGGGUUCCUCAAGUCCCGGGAGCGGGCAUACCACCGCUUCUACGGGCAGCUGCUACGCACGCAGCUCUUCACGCAGUUCAUCGAGGACUGCUCCUUUGCCAGCGACCGCGACCCCUGCCUCGAGUUCUUCGACACCUGUGUGGACAAGGUGCAGGUGGAGCUGGAGAAGCCGGAGGACACCCCACUGAUGGAGCUGGAUGACCCCCGGGGGGGUGAGCACACCGUCUUCAUCACCCCCCCGGAGCAGCCCGCAGCCCCUGAUGGCUCUGAGCUGCCUGCGCGGUACCGCUAUGACAGCUUCCCCACCCUGCGGCCGGAGCUCCUGGAGCCCCCCCGGGACCCACUGGUGGCUCAGUUGUGCCAGGCCAGGAGCAGUGCUCCCAGCAGCCCAGCCCCACGCAGGACCAAGCAGGAGAUGAAGGUGGCCCAGCGGGUGGCUCAGAAGUACUCCUCUGUGCCUGACAUGUGGGCCAAGUGCCUGCUGGGCCACUGCUAUGGGCUCUGGUUCCUCUACCUGCCCACCCAUGUCCGCGCCGCCCCUGCCAAGCUGCGGGCGCUGCAGUUGGCGUACGACGUCCUGCGCAAGAUGGAAGCUCACAAAGUGGUGCUGCCAGACGAGGUGUGCUACCGCAUCCUGAUGCAGCUGUGCGGGCAGUAUGGGGAGCCAGUGCUGUCGGUGCGAGUGCUGCUGGAGAUGAAGCGCGCUGGCAUCGUGCCCAACACUGUCACCUACGGUUACUACAACAAGGCAGUGCUGGAGAGCAAGUGGCCAGCUGGCACCCAGGGCGGCCGCCUGCGCUGGGCCAAGCUCCGCAAUGUGGUGCUGGGAGCUGCCCAGUUCCGGCAGCCCUUGCGGCAGCGCCAGCACCGAGCGGCCGCCACGGCCCCCUCUGGUAGGUUGGGUCUGGGGGGGAAGCUGGGGAGGGGCUGUUACCCCCCACUGACACCCCUCAUCCCCACAGGUGACCGAGCGUCCCCCGUGCCCCGGCCUAGCCUGCAGCGCCAAACCACCUGGGCCGGCCGCAGCCUGCGGGACGCUCCCCCAGCCCCCCGCCUGGUGAAGAGUGGCAGCCUCAGCUUCCCUGGCAGCACCCAGGGUGAGGGGGCCCGGGGGAGGCCAGGGGAGCCCCUGAUUGUGCGGCCCCCACUUCUUCCUGCAGCCCCAGACCCAUUGCCCUCGCGGCUGCGGGGCGCCCCCAGCUCAGCCGAGGGGAGCCUGUCUGACGUCAGCUUCGCCACGGACGAGAGCGACCGGGCAGAGGAGAGCCCCGCGGGCGGAGGGGGGGCGGCAGGGGGCACGCCGCGGCGGGGGCUGGCGGCCAAGCUGCAGCAGCUGCUGUCCCCUGGCAAGAGGUCCCCGCUGCGCCCGGCUGCCAGCACAGAGCUCCCCACCGGUGGCCGCGACUCCACUGCUCGCCCGCGCCGGGGCUCCGAGCAGCAGGACCGGGACCCCCCCGCCCGGCGUAGCCCCGCCGAGACACUGCUGCGCCCACGGGAGCGCCCCGAGUCCACUGCUUCCGAGAGCUCAGUCUCGCUGGGCAGUGAGCUGGACCUGUCAGACACCUCUGUGGGCAGCACCGGUGUUCCCAAGGCUGAACCGCAGCCUGAAGGGGCGUCUGGGCAGGAGCAGCCCAUGGUGGAGGUGCUGCUGUCCAGCUGCUCGCGCUGCCAGGGCUGUGGCGCCCUGGUGUACGACGAGGAGGUCAUGGCAGGGUGGACCUCCGACGACUCCAACCUCAACACCACCUGCCCCUUCUGCACCCGCUCCUUCGUCCCCUUCCUCAGCAUCGAGAUCCAGGACUUCCAGCUGCCCCCCAGCACGGCCAAGGAUGGCUCCCCUGCUCCUGCUGCCACCCAGGGACCGGUGCUGAGCGACCGCCGCCACUGCCUGGCGCUGGACGGGGGUGAACCGGAGCUCUGCAAUGGCUACCCGGAGAUGGUGCCGCGGCGCUCGGAGCGAGUGGCCUUCGCCUACCUGAGCCCCUUGGUGCUGCGCAAGGAGCUGGAGAGCCUGGUGGAGAAUGAGGGUGGAGAGCUGCUGGCACAGCCGGAGCUGGUGGACAGCCACCCCAUCAUCUACUGGAACCUGGUCUGGUACUUCCAGCGCCUGGAGCUGCCCAGCAACCUGCCCCGCCUGCUCCUAGGCUCACACCUUUGGCCCCGUGCCCACCUGCCUGCCCCACAGGGGCAGCUCCUUGACUCCCCCAAUGUCCGUGUCCGACUGCUCUGGGAUGUCCUGACCCCUGAGCCUGACAGCUGCCCCCCGCUUUAUGUCCUCUGGAGGCUUCACAGCAAUGUCCCCACUCGUCUGCAGUCCUGGCGGCCCCAUGGCCACCCCUUCUCGCUGGCCUUCCUGGAGGCCCUGCUGAGCCACGUGGGGCUGAACGAGGUGCACAAAGCCAUUGCCCUCUUCCUCGAGACCCUGGCAGCCCCAGGCAGUCCCCGGCACCUGCAGAGGAGCAUCUACCGGGAACUCCUCUUCCUCACGCUGGCGGCACUGGGCAGGGACCACACAGACAUUGCCGCCUUCGACAAGAAGUACAAAGCUGCCUACGCCAAGCUGGCCGGGAGCCUGGGCAAGGAGGAGCUGCGGCGGCGGCGGGCACAGCCCCCCAGCUCCAAAGCCAUCGACUGCCGCAAGAGCUUCGGGGCCACCCUCGAGUGCUAGAGCUGCACCCCCCAGGCCCUCUCGCACCUUGGGGACAGACAGGGGGGUUCCAGCCACCCCCAGCUCUGAUCCUCCCACAAAGGGUUUUCUA